UGAAAUAUUGAACAUAGCAACUUGAUAUUUGGCAUGCAUGUGUAUCUCAUGGAGCUGCUCAUUUUGAGUGGUGAAAGGUCAAGGUCAUCCUUCAAGGUCAAAGGUAAAAAUAAAGCGGCGCAUUAAGGGGCAUUGUGUUUCUGACAAACACAUUUCCUGUUAAAAUACAAAUAUAGUGAAACAUCAGCUGCACCAGCACAAAAGAAAACUUAUAUACAAUACUGUCCUUAAUGUUAUUAUCACUCUAUGUCUUAAUGGUCAUUAUAUAUAGCAACUGACCGAAAGCAAAAACUCGUACAAUUAAUUUUUAUAUAUUACAUGUGGUAAUUAUGAUACAUGUUGCUUUUCAGACAGUGCGCCAAUGUGACUCUAAUUUGUGACUCGGUCAAAAAGAUGUCAUUGAAUAUGCUACAGUUGUUAAACAGUCUUGAAACUAUUUUAAAUGAACUAAAUAAGUUAAAAAGUACACAAGAGUCCAGCAUUCAGUCUGUGGAGGAAUCAUAUGGUAAACAACUUCAAGAAAUCGGAGACAUGCGAAAGAAAUUAAAUGCUUCUUUGGAUGCACUAGAAAUUGCAACCAAAAAAGAACUGGAUGAAAUUAGGACCACAUUGCAAACCGCUCUGAAGAAGGAUGUUGACAAGUGCAGCAAACUAAAGGAUGAACUGAAACAACUCUCUGAAGCUGUAAAUGUCCUUUGUGAUAAGAGCAACAAAGAAAUUAAGUUCAUAGCCAGCAGAAAAUGUCUGGACAAGAUACAAGAGUCUGAGUCAUAUCUGAAGAAGAAAUCUGUUAAGGUGCAGAAUUCUAUCAUUUUCAAGGCAAACAGUGACAUCGAGAAGUACCUGUCACAACAGGCAAGUCUAGGGAGGAUUGUAGACAGUUUGCAGUCUCUCACACUCAAUAUGAAUCCCUAUCAGGUGUUAUUUGUGAAGAGCAAAUCUGAGUUUAUUGUCAGUAUAUCAAGUGACACAAGUCAGACUUGCAGUAUCAAAGGCAUUUGCUGCCUGCCUAGUGGCCAGGUCAUUGUCACAGAUUACAAUAAUAAAAAAGUGAAGCUGUUGGACAAGCAUUACAAUGUGUCUAGUCACUCUGAUGUGCCUGGUAAUCCAUAUGAUAUUUGCCAAAUCACAUCCACUGAGGUGGCUGUAUCUGUUGGAAAAGAAGUGCAAUUUAUCUCUGUGAGCAAUGGGCAGCUGGUGAAUGGAAGGAAGUUCCUGUUAACACAUGAUGCUGUAGGCAUCGCCUACAAUAAGGGAGCACUGUAUGUCACCUCUAGAAUUGCCCUGUACCAAUACACCCUGUUUGGAUCACUUAUUAAAAAGAUUUAUGAGGAUGCAAGUGGCUCUUGUGCAGUAUGGAAAUGUGCAGUGAGUCCGGCUGGGGACUGGAUCUAUGUGCUCAACAACACGCAGAACAAGGUCAUCACUCUGGCUAUAGAUGGCACCCUGAUAUCCACCUUUGAGGACCCUGAAUUACAAUCACCAUAUGGUGUUCAUGUCACACCAUCAGGACAAGUGCUAGUCUGUGGAUACAGCUCCAAUACUGUCAUAAAGGUGGAUCAUGAAGGAAGAAAGAAACUGGCAACUCUGGUAUCAAACAAAGAUGGAGUGUGCGGCCCACUGUCUGUCUGCUUCAACACCAACACUGACCAGAUCAUUGUGGGACUAAAUAAUGACAAUACAAUUUAUGUUUUGGAAUUGCAAUAGCUAUUCCAGUAAGGAAAAAAACAUUUAAAUGCUGUUAUACGUGUUAUUCCUUUUUUUGUCGGAACAUUAAAUCAUGGAAGAUUUAUCUUUAUAAACAAUUAAUUGAACUUAAUUUUGAAAAUGACUUGAUUGAAUUAUCUAGGAAUGUAGAAAACAAGGAUGUAUGACUGCUAUCUAUGAUGUGGAUGCUGAUUAGUCCUUUUGUAUUGCUUAGGCCGACAAUAACAAUAUCUUUAUUUGCCUUUGCCUAAAAUAUCUAUGAACAUGUCCCUAUAGAGGAGAAAGUUGCAGCAAACGUAUUGCUUUUCCUUUCAAGAUUAAUCUUUAAUUUAUUAUUUAUUAACCAAAACAUCAAGAGGACCAAAAGCCCAUGUGGACAAAGUAACCAUACAGUGUUUUCAAAUAAUAUAGUUUUUGAUUAUAAAAAGUAACAAUACAUUAUAUUGCAACAAUACAUACAUGUAUUAUUAAAUAUUUGCCUAUUAUAUUUGUAACUAUUUGCCUAUUAUAUUUGUAACUAUUUAUAGUAUAUAUGUAAUUACAAAUGUCUAAUUGCGUCAAAUUUUAAAGUAACAUUACAACUCAAAAUCAACGAAAAAAUCGUA